ACUUUCCUCAUAAAACUCACACUUCUUCUCCCAUCUCAUUCACUCAAAAAACCAUGUCCGGAUACCCUCAUAAUCAUAAUCCCUCCGCCCCUUACGGUGCUCCACCCUCCUCUCAACCUUAUUCCUCCGCCCCACCUUACGGUGCACCCGCACAACCCUAUGGUGCACCCCCAGCCCAACCCUACGGCGCACCUCCAGCCCAACCCUACGGCGCACCGGCCCAACCCUACGGUGCACCCGCACAACCCUACGGCGCACCAGCUCAACCCUACGGCGCACCAGCUCAGCCCUACGGUGCACCACCACAAAAUAAACCACCGAAAGAGCACAACAAACCCUCAUCUUCACCGUACGGUGGUCCGCAACCCGGCGGAGCGUACGGCAGUCCGUUUUCUGCGCUGCUGCCGUCGACGUUUCCUCCCGGAACAGAUCCGAACGUGGUGGCGUGCUUUCAGGUGGCCGAUCAAGACGGUAGUGGAGUAAUUGAUGAUAAGGAGUUGCAGAGAGCAUUAUCUUCGUACAAUCAGAGCUUCAGUAUCCGUACUGUUCAUCUUCUUAUGUAUACGUUCACUAACAGCAACGCUAGAAGGAUCGGACCUAAAGAAUUCACUCAAGUUUUCUACAGUUUACAAAACUGGAGGGCAAAUUUCGAGAAAUUUGACCGAGAUCGUAGUGGCCAGAUUGAUGCCAAUGAAUUACGAGAGGCUCUCUUGAGUUUGGGCUUUGCAGUUUCACCUGUCGUUUUGGAUUUACUGGUGUCUAAGUUUGACAAAACUGGUGGAAAGAACAAGGCCAUUGAAUAUGAUAAUUUCAUCGAGUGCUGUUUGACUGUUAAGGGGCUAACUGAAAAGUUCAAGGAGAAGGACAAAACAUACUCUGGGAAUGCGACUUUUACAUAUGAAGAAUUCAUGUUGACUGUUUUGCCCUUCCUCAUCGCUUAACUGCUUUAGCCUUUCCAUGUUUGUUUGCUUUAAUGUUUCCUUGAAUUUCUUUGUUAUGUUCUUGUUUUAAUAAAAUGUUGUUAACCUCAAGGGCUUAAUUGUAAAUCUAUCGAAGGUUGUAGGUGUAAAAUAAAAAGCCUGUUUUUUUUUCUUUUCUCA